AUGGACGUUGGCACCAAAAAUCAUACGAACGGGAUGACCAACGGGAACUCGUUUGACUCCAACAGAAAUGACGACAUCAAGAAAGAGCCAUCGGAAGAAUAUGUGUCGGAUGACGACGUUCCAUGGGGAAAACUGAUUGAACGCGAAAAGAAAAAUUCGUCGGGCGAAAAGAACAAAAAAAAGAGAAGGAAAAAUGGAAGCGAUGAUGAUGACGAUGAUUAUAAGCCUGAGAAAAAGAAAGACAAGAAGAAGAAACACCAUAGUGAUAGCGAAGAUGAUUACAAACCAGAGAAACCGAAGUCGAAGAAGAAGCCGAAGAAAGAGGAAAGUGACAGCGAGGAGGACUUCAAGCCAGAGAGUGCAUCCGAGUUUGACGGAGGAGACGACACAAAAGAAAACGACGCCGACGAUGAUUCCGAUGACGAUGUGCCGUUAGCGAUUAAGUACGAGGUUAAAAAGGAGGUUGUUGGCACUGAGGAAAAAUCGAAAAAGAAGAAAAAGAAACAUCAAAGUGAUGAGGAGUCAGGUGACGGCGAGGAAGACAAAAACUCUAAAAAGAAAAACGAGAAGAAGAAGGGGGCGACUUCUAACGGUACCAGCGCUUCAAAAAAGAAAAAUGAGAAAAAGGCGGACGAUAAUGGCUCCCCAAAAAAGAAGAAGAAGGUUGAAGACGAUCUGGAAGAUGUUUGGGAGUGGUGGAAAGAGCCGAGAAAGCCGGAUGGUGUGAAAUGGUACUCGCUUGAGCACAAGGGACCAUUAUUUGCACCUCCAUACGUUCCACUGCCGGACAAUGUCAACUUCAAGUACAACGGAAAACCAAUGAAGCUGUCAAUUCAAACGGAGGAAAUAGCCACGUUCUAUGCAGCUAUCUUAGAUCAUGAUUAUACGAGCAAAGAACAGUUCAACACCAACUUCUUUAAUGACUGGAGAAAUAACAUGACUUCUAAAGAGCGCGAAACCAUUACCGAUUUCAAAAAGUGCGAUUUUCGCAACAUGGCCGCAUAUCUAAAAGAAUUGCGCGAGGCUCGAAAGGCGAUGACUAAAGAGGAGAAGCAGAAAAUUAAGGAAGAGCGUGAGGCUGAAAUGAAAGUCUAUGGAGUUGCUGUAAUUGACGGUCAUCGUCAGAAGGUGGCCAACUUCAGAAUUGAGCCGCCAGGCUUGUUCCGUGGACGUGGUGGCCAUCCAAAAAUGGGAAUGCUUAAAAAGCGCGUUAAUCCAGAGGAUAUUAUUAUAAAUUGCUCGAAGGAUAGUGUGAUUCCGAAGCCACCACCAGGCCACAAGUGGAAGGAGGUUCGCCACGAUAACAGUGUCUCUUGGCUUUGCUCGUGGACUGAGAAUGUGCUUGGACAGAACAAGUACAUUAUGUUCAAUCCGAGCAGCAAAAUAAAAGGAGAGAAGGAUUAUGAGAAGUACGAGACCGCUCGUCGCCUCAAGUCUCAUAUUAACAACAUUCGCGCUGUUUAUACCGAAGACUUUAAAUCGAAGGAGAUGCGAGUUCGUCAACGUGCCGUUGCACUUUACUUCAUUGAUAAGCUGGCGCUUCGUGCUGGUAAUGAGAAGGAUGUCGACGAAGUUGCCGACACCGUCGGUUGUUGCUCGCUUCGUGUGGAGCACAUAAAGUUGUUCGAAAAGACCAAAUUGAAUGAGAGCGAUAAGCACGAGAAAGACUAUGUCGUCGAAUUUGAUUUCCCCGGUAAAGAUUCGAUUCGCUACUUCAAUCGCGUACCAGUGGAGAAGAGAGUUUUCAAGAACUUGAAACUCUUCAUGGAGAACAAGAGCCCAGGAGACGAUUUGUUUGAUCGUUUGGAUACUGCGACUCUUAAUGAGCAUUUGCGUAGUCUGAUGCCGGGGCUCACUGUCAAGGUGUUCCGUACGUACAAUGCCUCGAUUACCCUUCAAGAACAACUUCAAAAACUCACCGAUCCGAACGACAAUCUUCCUUCUAAGCUAUUGUCCUACAAUCGCGCGAAUCGUCAGGUUGCGAUUUUGUGUAACCAUCAGCGCGCAAUUUCGAAGAACUUUGAGAAAUCUAUGGAAAAUCUCGAGGCUAAGAUAAAAGACAAGAAGAAGGACUUGGAUGCUGCCAAGAAGGAACUUGAGCAGGCGAGAGGGGCAGCCAAGGAUAAGGCUCAGAAGAAGGUGGAUCGGAUCAAGGAGCAGCUUAAGAAGCUGAAAAUUGCUCGUACCGAUAAGGAUGAGAACAAACAGAUUGCUCUCAGCACUUCGAAGUUGAACUACUUGGAUCCUCGGAUUACAGUCGCUUGGUGCAAGAAGUACGACGUACCGUUGGAGAAGGUGUUCACGAAGACGCAUCGCGAGAAGUUCCGUUGGGCGAUUGAUAUGACGAUGUCGACGGACGAGGAAUACAUCUUUUAA